UUGCGUUUAGUUUAUUAAUUUUCUUUUGUUCGAUGUUCAGCUUUCCUUUGACUUAUCGCAUUAUAAGAUAUUUAAGUUCAAGGCCAUUAGAAACUAAUGGCGUGUAUCUUUCUUGAUAAUAAUUAUAUUAAAUUACUCCUAUGUUUACAAUUUGUGCCUUUCCAAAAUAUUUUGCAUCACGUGAUCUUAUUGAAUUUUAAUUGGUUGUCGGUGAGCGUGCCCUGCGCGACGCGAGAGGCGCAACGCAAUAAUAGUUUUCCAAAAUGCCGUCGGAAUCGAAGCCUUUGUUGACAGCUCAAACAGAAAAACCAAAUCAUUAUAAAUAUCUAAAGGAAUUCCGAGUGGAGCAGUGUCCGUCUUUCUUACAACACAAAUGUACACAACACAGGCCUUUCACAUGUUUUCAUUGGCAUUUCAAUAACCAGAGAAGAAGAAGACCCGUUAGAAAAAGAGAUGGAUCCUUCAAUUAUAGCGCAGAUAACUACUGUACCAAAUAUAAUGAGACAUCGGGUAUUUGCGAGGAUGGGGACGAAUGCCCCUACCUCCACCGCACCGCGGGCGAUACCGAGCGCCGCUACCACCUCCGGUACUACAAAACUUGCAUGUGCGUGCAUGACACGGACGCACGGGGGCUCUGUACUAAGAACGGCGCGCACUGCGCCUUCGCUCACGGCGCGCCGGACCUCCGGCCGCCGGUCCUUGAUGUUAGGGAGCUCCAGGCUAUGGAGAACCCAGACCAGGCGGAUGGGGACGCCGCCGCGCCUAAUGCUUUAGAUAGGGAACGGAAUUUGAUGAAUGAAGAUCCUAAAUGGCAAGAUACGAAUUACGUGUUAUCAUCAUAUAAAACGGAGCCAUGUAAAAGACCUCCUAGGUUAUGUAGACAAGGGUAUGCCUGCCCACAAUAUCACAAUAGUAAGGAUAAACGCAGAUCACCGCGCAAGUACAAAUACCGGAGCACCCCGUGCCCCAACGUGAAGCACGGCGAGGAGUGGGGCGAGCCGAGCAACUGCGAGGCCGGCGAGGCGUGCGGGUACUGCCAUACCCGCACCGAGCAACAGUUCCACCCCGAGAUAUACAAGAGCACCAAGUGCAAUGACGUACAGCAGGCCGGCUACUGCCCUAGGGGACUGUUCUGUGCGUUUGCGCAUGUCGAACCGGAAGAUCUGACAGCAGCGCGCGAACUGGCCGCUCCACUAGAAUGCGGCACCAACCUGGCGGAGCUGCUCUCGUCCGCCCUGCCCGACGCCAAGCCCGAGCUGCUGCUGCCCGCGUCGCCGCCCGCGCCCGCGCCGCACACCAACGGCAGCGGCGACUCCGAGUGCGCCAGCACCUCCAGCGGCUCCAGCCAGGGCCGCGCCGUCGGCCCCAGGCCCCAGGACCCCAAGCCGCCCCAACAUAACGUCUGGGCUCAACGGAGCGCGUUCGACGCGACAGUUUUACAGGAAGUCGUCGGGAACGCCCUCGACGAUUUGCAUCUAGACGACCCGCUGUCGCUGGUCGCCGCUUUAGAUAGGGAUUUAGCCGACGGGGAAUCGAUGCUGGCUCCGUCGGCGCCGGUUAAUAUUCCGCGCGGCGCACAUCCUCCUUUACGCGCCUUCAGUCCGCCCUCCGCUGGCUCCCCGCUGCCGCCUUUCCUCCGCUACGCGCACGAUACCUUCAACUCGCACGCGACUUUAAAAACUGGAAGCUACGGUGGGAGCGGCUUCGAGUUCGCGGCGACCUCGCCGAGCGCACCCGGUGAGAUAUCUCGCCUGAGAGAGGAGGUGGUGGCCUCGCGGGCCGCCGCUCUACGUUGGGACGAGCGUAUAGCGCAGGCGAGGUCCGCCUGCGGCGCCUGGCAGAGGGAGGCCGACGAGGCGGUCCGAGCGGCACAAGUUGCAGAGCGACAAAGGGAUGAAGCGGUCGCGCGAGCUCACACUUUACGUAGAGAGUUGGAGGCCGCUCGCGCCGCCGGGGCCGCCGGAGGCGCCUCGCGAGCUCGGGAGCUCCGGACUCUCCCUCUAGGCACUCUAAAACAACUUCAAGCGGCCGCUAGAGCGGAGUUAGAGGAGAUAGAAAAGGUUCUAUAUCUAGAAACAGCGACCAAAUGUAUGGCGUGCGAGGAGCGGCCACGCGCGGUGACGCUGGCGCCGUGCAACCACUACGUGCUGUGCGACAACUGCGCGCGCGCCGCCGACGAGUGCCCCUACUGCCAGACGCCCGUGCAGCGUCAUCAGUAGUUUCACUACUUGAAUCGCAUUGUUCUAUCAUGAAGCAUGUAAGUCAUUUCCGUUUAAAUCUAGAUACAAGUUACAACACAAAACAAAAAGCUUAUUAAGCUUUGUUUAUUGCAUACGCAUUAAUAACGACACACGAUCGUUCUUGAUUGACAGCUCGCGACAACUUUAGGCGUCGAUGAUGUUUGAAGAAAAUUAAAAUGUAUCUUUUUCUGUUAUAAACUUCGAGCAACACCGGCUUCCGACUCAUCGGAAGGGAGGGGCCUAAGCGAUAUCUCACCGUACAAAUCCUUCUGCCAUUUUUCGCGGGGGGAAAGGUGCACACAGUCGCACUUCUCACACACUUACAUACAAAAUCCAAUCUGUGUAAUGACGACACAAAUACAUAGAAAAUGACACACGUCAAAGACAAAUCUUGCAAACCUCGAUCUCUUUUUGUGUACGGACGAGUGACAAGUGUCACAACACGCACACUAACACAUUUUCGUUGAAGUAUGUUAUUGUAUUCUGAGAGAUGAGAAGUCGGAUUUGUCGCUCGAUCGAUCCGCAAUUUGUACUGAGCGAGCAAAAUCGAUAAAUCCAACAACAACAUGAGACUAAAAUAUAAUAAUUAUGUUUGAAUGUAAUUAAACGUAUGAUAUGUAAAAAAAAUAUUACAUGUGAAAUGUAACACUUUCUUUUUGUAAAUUUGAUGUCCCCGACCUCUUUUUAUAACAAAAAACCGAGCAAACAGGCAUUUUGUGCAGCAGUGUUCACGCGCGCGUCUGGACUCGGUCUAGUGAAAAAUCCAAGUGUAACUAGUUUUAUUACCCGCGCUAGAUUAGAUUGACGCGCUAAUCUUGUACCUCGGCAGAGGGGAAAUAGUGCGAAUGCCGCCUCCCUUCCGUGUUGCUCGAAGGUUAUAAACGUUAGGCCUACAAUUAUAAAACAAGUACCAAAUAAUAAUUCACGUUUUGGUGUUUCCUCGUGUGAUAUAAUAUACAUCUAGCAAGAUGUUUUUUUUUAUAUAUACAAAGAAGCUCAAGUAUUUUGAUAGUUCAUUGCGAUUCAAUUAUAAAUUUGGGCCGAUAUUACUAUACCAUAUAUUACGAGAACGUAUAUAUUCAUUUGAUACGUCAAAUAUAUUCUUUACACCUGACUUAACAAAUUUAUAUAGACACUUCAGUAGCUUUACUGAAAAUCAAGUUUUACUACGAAUUUUUUAUCCAUAAAUAAAUUAUAUGGCAACAUAAUAUCGGUCCCUAGUUGACGACCGAGCUCUACCUAUGAAAUUUACUUGGCUAUUAAACAAAUAAUGAUUGUCUAAAUUAUGAGAUGCAUAUUUUGAAAUUGAUGUAAGUGUAGGUAUAUAUACAGGUAGACCACAGUCGUCGACUGAGUGCUCUCUACUCGUGUAGUCUUUCGAAUCACACCCGUCGGUGCGACAGAUACUUUCCUUGAUAUUUUUAUAUAUGGGUAGAUUGGGGUGUAACGUGUUAUAUCACUUGAUAAUAAUGAUAGAAUAUUUAAUUUUAGUAAAGAGCAAGACUUAUUCUAAUAAAUUUAUCGAAUGAAUUUAUAAUACAUGGACUAGGGUUUCUCAAAUUAACUGCCAACGUCAUUUCAUAGUAUAUUAUGUAUCCCCGGAGAGUGGAGUUUCCUUAGUAUCUAUUACUACUGGAAUCAUACCACUGUCCUCUUCUUACUUCUUAGUAACCACAGAUUAUGUGCAGUGUCAGAAUGAGAGGCAUCUCACAUGAUGAGUCGCCUUUUUGUAGUUAUAUUAUUUAUUAUAUAGUCGCACUUCAGCAUCGAAUUGAUGUUGAAUGCGGUGGCUACGCAACAACACAACAACAAAAGGGUUAUUUACCCGUUGUCUCUCAAAAUUGUCGUGCGUUUUAAUCUAUUCGGUUUCCUGAUCGCGCGACUGUGUCGCUUGAAAAAGUCGACGUGUUCUAACUGUACUUCACGAAUUAUCCGGCAGAACACGUUUCAUGGACACCUAUUACCUAUUCUCAUUCAUAUAACAAUUCUUCAAACAUCUUGAGAAAGUCAAGAUAUUUUUCAACAUAUAGACAUUAUUUAGUGCAUGGUUUACACAGUAGAGAUUUAUAAUGUUACAAGAUAAAAUAAUAUGCUUUUGAUGUUAUUUCGUUUAGAUCAUUACUAGUGGAGUUGUUGCUUUUACUGAACAUACACAUAUUAUAGGCAUUUAACGAGGUUUUAUAGGUCGACGCCUGGCCAUGCUUUCACCAUAUCGGACGGUAAUGGAUAAAAUUAUAGUGUAUUGCAAAAUUAAAGAUUUGAAUCUGAAAAAUAAAGGUAUUGGUGGAAGCACGCCCAAGACAACUAGAAUUUAUAUAAUAAUUGAAGAAUAUUAAAAGUAGUUUUUAGUUUUAUAACGAUAUUCAAACAUCAUUUUGCAUGUUCAUUAGGAUAUCUAGUAGUUAUAAAAUCAUCAACAAUCUGAGAGUUGUUAAUUUUUUCUACAUUUUUUAAAAUCGUAUAUAUGUAAGUGACUAAAGUGUGACUGCAAUUUGCUUCCUGGAGGUUCUCGGCACAAUUGUUUGCGCGCUGGCGGACCAAUCUUAGAUCGUACACCGGCCAAUGGUCGGCGAAACGGCGUUCUAGUAGCGAUGUUAAAACGACACUUGUACCACGCAUACUUUGAAAAUAAUUUCAAGUAUGGCAACAUAUUUUGGGGUAAGCGAAUAUUAGAAACUUUAAGCAGAAGAGAAAAUCACUAAUACAACGCUAGUUCGGUCGACCUGCUCCCUGCGUCCCGUUGUCUGCACAGGCUGCCUCGGUAUUUGUAAUUUACCUAUUAAACUUAACCAAGUUGAAAGUUUUCAAUGAAUGUCAUAUAUUUAUAACCCGAUUUUUUUUAGGUUUAUCCUGAGUUUGGAAAUAUAUAAGUUUGAAUGUACAACUACCGAGCCGCCCCAAUAGCUUGCUGACGCAAAGGAGGGUACUAGCGAAUUUACUGCCCGGGCGUUUCCCGCGUGCAUUAUUUGCGAAGAGUAGGUUUAGUGCAUUUUAUGUUAACAUUCCUAAUUAACUGUUAGAAGUUACAGUUACGUUUUUAUUUCUCUAUCGGUGUGGGUACGCAUUUAGUUUUAAUCAUUGCGUUUAACGAGUAAAUAAUAAAAACUGUUAGUGUCUGUAGAGAGUUGCGUUACCCAACUUUGCUGUAGAUGUCACUUCAUGAGCCAGGUCUCUCUGUGAUCUCACGAAGUGACACCAUUAACAUCAAAGAUGUGAAGUGCCACUUUGUAUAUAAGUUACCAGUCUUCAUUAUUUAUUUGUCUCUGGUUUUUGUGUUCGAUUUCAAGUUUCGAGUACCGUCUUUUGGGUCAAACGAUUCAGCAGAUGUAUAUUUGGCUACGAACGGUACGGACAUGUACGCUAACGAUUUACUACACUAUACUACAUUAUACAAACGCAUUUUAUAUAAAAGUUUAUUUCGAUUUUAGUACAUUAUAAAAUAUUUAUAUAUUUUGAAAAUCUUGAAAGUUUUGUAUCGGUAUAUUAUAACAAAUUUAACCUAGGCGUAUGGAUUAGAUGUAAGUAGUGUUUUCAAAUUGUAAUGGACAUUAUUUUUAAGUGUGUAGUUGCGAGCCGUCGUGUAUCUUAAGCAAUAUGACCACAGCCGCCUUUACUCAAAUAUAUAACAUAUAUAUAAACAUAUAGUAUGUCGACACGGUACAUUUUGGUGUGGAGUGUUCAAGUAAAGAGUUGGCGUGAUUUUCUAUAAAAUUGGUGUGUUAUAAAUGUUAAAAGGCCGCUAUGUGCAUAUCGGCCGCACGCGGGUGACGCGCGACAACAAAUACUCAGACAGUUGUUCGUGCGCGGCAGGCCUAAAUCGUCACAAAUAAAUUAUUCAUUGGUUGAGUCUCAAAAUUCGUGUGGAAUCACACUGGUGUCGUAAUUGUCGGUACAGAAUGUCCUGUGUGGCCAUAGAAUAUAGUAUUCUAGCUUACUAGCUAUUUGUAUUUCUAAUGAUUUAAAAAUUUAGAUAGUAUUAGAGUCACACUUAUUUUUAUAUAGAGUCUUUAUCACAUGGAGAGAGUACUUUUCAUUAUUGAAAUUUGGAUAUUUAUAUGGUACAAUUGGUCUAACAGAAAUAACCAGUAAAUUACAGUAUUUGAAGAGACGCUGCGUGUCUGCCGACAUGAUAAUUACAAAACGUGGAGUAUGCUAAUUGAAUCGUCAUCCAAAUUGUAAUGGAUGUUCCACUAAGAGAGACCCCACACUAGCGUACCUCAUGAUCAAACGCAUUUGCCAGAAUGACAUCCAACCGCGGAAAAUGGCGAGAAAUCGCACGGCAAGCAACAUCUGUGCCUGAUGUCAGCAGUUGACCACGACACUUUGCAAAGAGUAUAACGACUAAGAAGAAGAGCGUCUCUCAAGCGUCGGCGUCUAGUCAGCUGUAUGGCUGGUGUCCGACGCAACGUUGGCGCAACUGCGCAGCGACACCAUUUUUCAUAGCGCUGACUAGAAGCCGACUCCCAAAAGACGCUAGCCUAUUCUGUAGCAUGUUUUUCUGUUCUUACCUAUUCUAUAGUGCUGAGGGUCGUUUCUUGCAAGAGUGAAAGAAGCAGAUUUUGCUUACCUUAUGGAUAGUUUUUCUACAGUUUGAUGUAUACACACUAUUAAGAAAAAUGUCGGUAGAACGUAGCGGCAUUCUCGAAUAAUGUGCAAUAUAUUCAAAAUUGUUUAUUUGUCAAUAAAGCAUCGCCUGUGAGUGUCGAUGCACGGCGUGGUUGUUGUGUUAUCCAUUAUAUUCGUUUGUAAGCAUUAAUUUUACGUUCACAGGAGUAAAGAAACUGAAUAGAAUGACAGUGUCGCAUAAUCGCGCUAUGAGCUCUACUAGCGCAUGAUGCCUUCUGGCAUUUUCUCUGGCCAGUCGUCGUUCGGUGACGCUUAGAUAAACCUCGCACUUAUAAUGGUGCAGUGCAAUCCAAUCUUUUCAUUUCACUUUUUGACAGCUUUUGAUAGAAAGGGACUUCCACUUGUAUUACAAGUUACAAGCUUUUGAGAAACGGGCCCCUUAACACCACGGUUGUAUGGAACUGCCACUCUGUUCCGUUUCGUUACUCCUCUGCUUAUAUUCCGUUUUUACUGCAUUUUGCAUUAGUUACAUUAGUUAACUAUUUAGAUACAAUUCUUGUUUAAAUCUAGCUUGCAAGUAUGUCGCGUACGCAUAAUAAUUAAUAACAACCCCUUUUUAUAUGUUCUUAUUAAUAUAAUAUUUUUUUCAAUUAUUUAAUCUUUAGGUAGGUAGCUCCAACAAAUUCUUUAAAAUUAUUAUUGUUAAAUUAGAAAUAGCUAAUAUUGUAGUAGAAAACAAAUUGCGAUUCUCACGCUGAAGAAGAUCAAAUGAAUUAUGUUUUCAUUUUUUUAUAUUUAUUAUUCUAACUGCGGAACAUGCAUUCAGGCUUCGUCAUAGUAUUUUAUAAUCAAAUAAUUUUCAAAUCCAUGUGAUACAUAUGUGUAACAGAGAUGUGAAGAUUAUAAUUAUUAUUACUAGGUAGGUAGGUUUAAUAAAUUUUCAAUUCCAUUCAAUAAAA